AUGUCUCGCGAGGAGAUUGCAGAGAAGAUCCGCCCAGCGGGUGUGGUCGAAUGGGUGAUUCAGCCCUAUGUCACACCGCCGCUUCUGCACAGAAGAAGGAAGUUCCACCUGCGCGUGCACUUCCUGCUGAUUGGUUGCCCGCGAUGUGGCUUCAGCCGAGCCUGGUUGCAUGAGGAACUUCAUGUUGUCCUUGCGGCAUCCAGACCAUGGACCGAUGAUCCCAAAGAGGUCGCGGCGCACUUGACGAACCACUGCAUUCAGGCCUCCCAGCCGGAUUACAAAGAGUCCGAGCAGAUCCUUUUAUGGCGCGAGUUGGCCGAGGAGGCUGGCCUGGAUUCCGAGGCUGUUCUCCAGCAGAUUGAGAUUGCUCUGGGCCAGUCUUUGGAGGCAGCAGCUGCUUCGCCAGGCUUCACACCUCUGCCACAGUCCUUCGAGCUUUUUGGCGCAGACUUUGUUUUCGAAGAUCGCGGUCCUGCAGCUCCAAAGGCAUGGCUUCUCGAGGUGAAUGCAGGUCCAGACUUGGCAGUGUUUGGCGCUGCACGACGGGCUGAGGCAGUGCGUCUCGCUGAGGAUGUGCUUCGUGCUGCGGUGCUUCCGUUUGAAGCAAAUUUAAAGGACGCACCCUACCUUGGCCAUCAAGAAUGCUCGUGCAGAGACAAGAUAGGAUCCACGGGCUUCUCGCGCGAGUUCUGGGCUUCUGCGCCUCAGACAGCAUCUCCGCAGGCUGAACUACGCCGCGUGGCGCGGCGCCUGGGUACAGCUGCGAACUGGGCCAAGGCAGUGACGUCAGUGCCCUGCACAGCCAUAGCCAAGUCCAAGUUCGAGGCCCGCAGGCUGCAAACUUGGCGACGGCGUCAGCGUCUGACAGGUGCCAUGGUGAAGGCAGACCGGCGGCAGAUCAGCAGCGGAGACGUGGUGCAGCUCUUUGCCAGCACCUUCUACAGCUCGGAGAAGGAGAAUGCCAUUAUCCGAGUGGCACGUAUCGGUACGCUUCAUGGCUCAUGCUCCGUCCAGUGGAGGACGGAGGACAACUCCGCUCAUGCCGGCCAGAAGUACCAUGGUGCAACUGGUACGAUUGAGUUCGGACCUGGCGAGUCAAUUCGAAUCUUCGAGGUUGAGCUAAUUGACGACGACGACUUUGAUUCCACACUGGACUUUCAUGUGGUUUUAUAUGGGGCCAGCAAUUGCACCAUUGAUCCAGCAGGGAGUCGGAGCGUAGUGAUGAUUACAGAUGAUGAUACCUUUCCCUCGAAUGCCUUCGAGGAGGAAGUAAAGAAGGAGAGUGAGGAGGAGCUAUAUGGGGUAGGAUGGUCUCUGCUGUUCGCCUUCAUGUGCUUCUGCUUCAAUCAUGUGCGAACGAUUCGGUGGAAAACAUGCCUGUGCUUGCUGUUAUCAAUGCUUGGAAAUGCAUACUACUUGUCUACCAUUUUCAUUCGAGUUUAUUUGGUAGACACAGUGCUGGACAACAUCACGCCGGGGACUUCGGAGAGGCUUUGGAUUCCUGGAGAUCGGGACGCCACUUCUAUAGCAGUGGGGUUGGCAUGGAUUCUGCCGAACUUCAUUUUGCUGGGGUCCGACUACUUUGAGAUGGCGGUCCUUGAGAUGGGCUUCAACAUCCGAUACCAUUUGCGCGUAAACUUGUUCCGGAAGUACCUCAACUAUACAGACAGGGCGCAUCAAACGGUCCCACUGCAGGACCUAAAGAUAAGUAUGAUGGAAGACAUUCCAGAACUGGUAUCGCAGGGGUAUCUGAUCAUCUUCGAGUUGUGGGCGAUGUUGGGCAAGAUUGCUUGUAUUGCGUUCUUCAUGCUCCGUAAACAUCCGCACAGUGCAGUCCCGCUGCUGGCGUAUCCAGUUCUGAUUUUCGUUUAUUUGCAGUGCACGUACUCCAAGCGGCUCGCCCUCAUGGCAAGGGAAGGCGAAGGCCAGAGUGACACCACAGGUGCCAUCAUGAACUUGCACACUGCUCAGCGCCUCGUUAAUUCCUAUGGCAUUCGUGGAUUCGUGGUUUCUCGCUUUGAAGAGAUCCUGAGACACCAGCGUAGCCUAACCAUGGAUCUGAAAUCGUUCGAAUUCUGGAAUUCGCAGCUGAUUCCUUGGAUCACUCUUCUGGCCAUUGGCUAUUACAUGGCAAUGUCAACAAGGGUCGUGCUCUCGGGCCACACUUCCCUGGGCUCUUUCUUGGCCACGAUCAAUGUGUACAAGGACCUUGGGGACAGAUUCUCCACCAUCUUGCGCGGCUUCACGUCUCUCAGCAAGUCCAUCUCCCCACUUUGCGGGGUAACUCUUCAGUUUAGCUUGCCUGUUGACGUGCCGGAGCGCGCGGAGAACUUUCAAAGGCGGCAGGAGUUUGCUCUCAGUUGGUUGCAAAUGCAAGCUGCAACUGGGCAAGUCUCCCUUGACGACAUCCCCAUCGUUUUUCAGGACGUGAAAGUCACCCAUGCCCCGUACAUGCAUGGCGCCACCGGGGGGUUCUCGGCACAGGCACGCCAGGGCAGCAUUAUCCAGAUCGCUGGACCGCACGAUUGCGGAAAGAUGACGAUGUUGAGUUUGAUCUGCGAUGCGGUGCCGCCAUCAUCUGGAGCAGUCUACUUAUCACCACACCUGCACCUGUUGCACGUUCCUCGCCUUCCGCUCUUUGCUGAAAAGUUUGGGAUUUUCUGCAACCUCCAUAUGGCCAAUGAUUCUUCACAGUACUCGCCGGAGAUCUAUGAGCGAGGGGUCCGCAUGCUGCAAAAGCUUCGCUUGGACAAGCGCUGGAUCAAGGAAAUGUAUGAUGGUGAAGCGCUUGCGCUCCACAACGCUGCAAGUGAAACCCGGGAACUGAUGCCGCACCGAAAUCUCUGGUGCUUUCAAGACGAGGAGGGUGAUGCAGAGGGGGACGAGGAGGAAGAGGAGCCUGACAUUCCUUGGCUUACCAGGAUGAGCGCAAGUGAGAAAUGGCGUUUUCAACUGGCACGUGCUCUCCUUCACAACCCACAUGUCUUGGCCAUACAUCGCCCAGUGCAGGAGCUUUCUGGCGAAGUAAGGCAGAUAGUGCUAGCAUGCUUGAAGGAUUUCGUCCGCAUGAGGGGCCUGGACGUCGAAGGAGGCCUUGAUGCAGCAAAGCGGCGACCGCGCACGGUGAUUUUCACAACUGGAAGCGAUGACCGCUUUGACUUUGCAGACUACGUUUGGCGGAUUACGCCUCAAGGAGUUGCCGUCGAAAAAUCACUUCCACCCCUUCAGAACAAGGCACCAAAUAAUGGUCGAUCUGUUUCUUUGCCUGGUUGA